GGUACUCAGACCGUCGAUAUGCCCACCCCGGCUAUGGGUACCGUCUUCAAGGCUAUCGAUGCCGAGAAAGGUUCCUGGUUGAAGCCCGCUCAGUUCGAGCUUUCUCUUGGUGGAUGGAACGGUAUGGACGCUUACGACAUCUCUUACAUCGACGGUGAUGGUGAGAUCGCUUCUGCCUCCAUGAAGCCCGUCGGCGGUUCUGGUAACUGCGACGAUCUCGUUUGCAAGGACGCCGAUAACUGCAAGUACGCCUACUACCUCCCCGACGAUGUCCAGACCUACACUUGCACCGGUCCCGACUCUUUCGAGGUUAACCUCUGUAUCGCUUAAGCGUGUUCUUCCGUACACACAAUAUCUUUAUCUGCCGAGCCAGGUCGCUCAGCUGGGGGGGACACACACACAUUGGGGAAUGAGCAAAACGGGUUAGAUUUCGCUCUCGGCUUCCACGGCGCUACUUUUGAAUUUUUGUGGGAACUUUUUAUCUAUUUCUUCUACAUUUUUUGAUCCUAGAG